GCCACUGGGGACUGGCCAGUCACAGCCCUGCUGCUGGGACUGGGGAGCGCUGCUCUGCGGCAGACCCCUGGGUCGGGGGGAGGAAGCCCGAAGCUGGCGGGGCGGGACAGGCUGCCCGAGCCAGGCCGGGCUCCCCGCGCCCCAGAGCCAAACCUUCACCCCCGCCGCCCGACCACAGCCCAGCCCGCCGCCAACAGCGCCUGAGUUCAAACAGAAGCGGAAGCGGAAGUAGCUAUAGGCCGGAAGCGGAAGUCGACGGGAGCGGAAGUUGGGAAGCUCUCCCUCCUCUCCCUCCACUGGAAGGCCCAGAGGCGCGCUCGGUCCCGCCUCCCGGAAGGGGAAGCCGGCUCUGGCCCGGCUCCGCCUCCCUCUGGCGGCCAUCUUGGACAGUCGCGGCGGUGGAGGGGGGCAGCGGACGGACCCGCAUCCCGGCGCUUGCUGUGUCCCGCCCGAAGUUCCUUCUCCCCCCUCCCCGGCGUCUGCGGCCGGACGGAGCUUCCCCGAGGGACCGAGCGGCCGAGGCUCCCGUCUGAGCAGCGAGAGAUGAGCAACAACAGUAAUAAGAGAGCACCAACAACAGCAACGCAGAGACUUAAGCAGGACUACCUUCGAAUUAAAAAAGAUCCAGUGCCUUAUAUCUGUGCUGAACCCCUCCCAUCUAAUAUCCUUGAAUGGCACUAUGUUGUACGAGGACCUGAAAUGACUCCAUAUGAAGGUGGCUAUUAUCAUGGGAAACUAAUUUUCCCCAGAGAAUUUCCUUUUAAACCUCCUAGUAUUUAUAUGAUAACUCCUAAUGGAAGAUUUAAAUGCAAUACAAGGUUGUGUCUUUCAAUCACUGAUUUCCACCCUGAUACAUGGAAUCCAGCUUGGUCAGUCUCAACAAUCUUGACAGGCCUCCUUAGUUUUAUGGUGGAAAAGGGCCCCACAUUGGGCAGCAUAGAAACCUCAGAAUUCACAAAAAGACAGCUUGCUGCACAAAGCUUAGCAUUUAAUUUAAAAGAUAAAGUCUUCUGUGAGCUGUUCCCUGAAGUGGUGGAGGAGAUCAAACAAAAACAGAAAGCACAAGAAGAGCUCAAUAACAGACCUCCACCCCUCCCGUUACCAGAUGUUGUCCCAGAUGGGGAAGCACACCAUGGUCAAAAUGGGAUACAGCUCCUUAAUGGGCACGUACCACUGGCAGCUGCCAAUCAUCCAGGUCUUCAGCAGGCCAAUCGUAACCAUGGACUCUUAGGAGGAGCAUUGGCGAACUUGUUUGUUAUAGUUGGUUUUGCAGCCUUUGCCUACACAGUCAAGUAUGUACUGAGAAGCAUAGCGCAAGAAUGAGGAACGUAACAGAAGUCCAAGACCAAAUUAGUGGUAGUUGCAGAAUGAGUGGGACUCUGGGCAUCAGACUUUGACACUGGGAUAAAUAUUUGUGCUACCAUGACGCAGGUAAUAUAUUGGUUGGCUCAUGGGUUUAGUUUGGAAAAUGAAGCAGGUGUGAUUUGUUAGGGAAGAAAAAGGUGUUCUGCUCACAGUUCCUUUGUCCUCACUACAGUUUUAAGUGAUUCACUAGCAAGUCAAAGCAUUAUUGAUGUGAAACUGGCAUUUUGAAUGCUUUGAUUUUUAUAGCACUUACCCCUUGUUUUCUGAAAUUAAAAAUCUUUUAAGUAAAUGAGGCUUUUUACCAGAUUGAACAAUUUUUAAAGUAUGACACUUGAAGAUGCAUAUCAUAUGUUCAGCAUAUAUUUUCAGCUGAGAAUUUCAUUUGCGAAGAGUCAAUUGUACAAGUUUGGAAUGAGUAAAAUGCAAGUUUCCUCACUGACUUUACUUCUGAAAGACCUGGUUAAUGUGAAUGUUGGUGUUACAGAAAGCGGCUAGUUCACUUUGUAAUAGAGAAUGAAUGUCAUUGCAUAUGUAGUCAAUAACAAUGAUUAGAUGAGUUGGAAAGUAACACAAUGUGUGUUGGUUAAAUAUGUUUUGUCUAAAUUGUUACAGUAACAUUUAAGAAGGUUUAGUUUGGCUACAAGAACUGCAGUUGCCAGCCUUCGAAAACCAUUUACACGCAAAAAGCAUUUAAAAUGGGUUUAGUGGCGGUGCUCAUAAGCAAAUUUUUUUAAAACUUUUUGGUUUUGUUUAUUUAAUUACAAUUUUCCAUUUUGGAAAUUAGUGUGAUUUCAAAGUGAAACAACUUGUGCUCAGAAAGAAAACAUGUUUGCCACUGUUCUGUUUAAAAUAUCUGCAAGGAACAAUGAAGAAUUGUAGUCUAUAUUUCAGAUGAAAUAUCCUUGGAUUCUGGGUUUUUCGGUGAGUAAAAUGGCAUUGCCCCUUCAGGGCCUAAUGAGGAAAGAAAAAGGAGACUGAAUACUGGGCCAUCUUUUCAGAAGACUAGUGGAUUCCUCUGAAGUGCUCUAAUUACAGUAAACUUAAGCCAUUUAUUUGCAAUCAGUUCCAUUUAAAUUACUUGACCCUGUUUUCAAACUCCAUUACAAAAAGAGCUUAUUCUAAGACUUCUUAUUUUGCUUGACUUAUGGAAGCCCUCUGCUUCUAUUAAAUUAAAUUCUUAGGCAUGGUUCCAUGCAUAUGACCACUGAAUGAGGAUUGCAUUCCAGUGGGCAGUGCCAAGAUUAUGAUAGCAUGGAUAUGCACUAAAACUAUUAGUGUAGUUUGC